AUGACCUACAAAGAUAAAGUGCCUCACACUGUUGGAGAUGUUAAGUCCUUGCUGGGAUUCCUGGGGUACUAUCGCUCCUUCAUUCAAGACUUUUCCCGGUUGGCCAAGCUGCUGUUUGAACUUCCCCAGAAACCUAGCAAUGCUGACAAAGUGUCUGUGUUCAGGAUUGUGUUGUUGGGGAAAAGUGAGGACAAGAAGACCAAACUUGGUAACAUCAUUACUGGUUGUGAAAGUUUUCAAUACCAAAAACAAUCCCUAAAAAUGCAAUGUGUGGCCUCCUGUGGAGAGUGGAGAGGAAAAUCAUUAAGAGUGGUGAAAACUCCCGACAUGUUCGGUCUGUCUGAGGAGAAAAUAAGACGAGAAGUGAAGAGCUGUGUGAGUCUCUGUCCUCCUGGACCAAACGUUCUGCUGCUGUUAGUGAAACCUUCUGAUUUCACUGAGGAGAACAGAAAAACUCUGAAGUUCAUCUUGAGUUUGUUUGGUGAAGAUUCCUUUAAACACUUUAUUGCCGUCAUAACCAACAGGGAUGAAAAUAGCAAAUCUGUAAAUGAACUCCUUAGAGAAUGUGGAGGAAGACGCUACAACAUGUACGAAGAUAACUGUAGAUCAUUAAUGAAGAAGAUUCAAAAGAUGAUAAAUGAAUCCAGUGAACCUCCCCGGCAAAAACGAGAACCGUCUUUAAACCUGGUUCUGUGUGGGAGGAGAGGAGCAGGGAAGACGUCAGCAGCCAAGGCCAUUUUAGGUCAGACUGAGCUUCAUUCAGUCUCCAACUCAUCAGAGUGUGUUAAACAUCAGGGAGAGGUGUGUGGACGUUGGGUUUCCCUGGUGGAGCUGCCUGCCUUGUAUGGAAAACCUCAGGAGGCAGUGAUGGAGGAAUCACUCAGGUGUAUCUCCCUCUGUGAUCCUGAGGGUGUCCAUGCCUUCAUCCUGGUCCUACCUGCAGGUCACCUCACCGAUGAAGACAAGGAAGAGUUGAAGACCUUCCAGAACACAUUCAGCUCUCGAGUCAAUGACUUCACCAUGAUUCUGUUCACUGUCCUGUCAGAUUUUACUGAUCCAGCUGUUCUUAACUUUCUAAAAGAAAACAAGGACAUCCAGGAGCUCUGUGAGAACUGUGGGGGACGGUAUUUUGUUCUCAACAUGAAGGACAAAGACAAGAUCCCAGAAUUGUUGGAGACUGCAGAAAAGAUGAGACUGCGUAAAGAUAAAUCAAGCUGCUAUACAAAAGAAACUUUUGGACAUGCCACAAUAGCUCAAAUUAUAACUGCGCAGAAGGAGAAUAAAGCACUAAAAGCUGAACUUAAAUCCUAUGAGGAUAAACAGAGCAGAGAUCCUCUCAGGAUUGUGCUGAUUGGGAAGACGGGCAGUGGAAAGAGCUCUACAGGAAAUGUCAUUCUAGGAAGAAAGGCCUUUGAAGCCAAAGCAAUCCAGAUGUCACUCACCAAAUGCUGUCAGAAAGCAUACGGUGAAGUGGACGGUCGUCCUGUUGCUGUGGUCGACACUCCUGGACUGUUUGACUCAACUUUGUCUCAUGAUGAAGUUCAUAAGGAGUUGGUGAAAUGCAUCAGUCUCCUGGCUCCAGGACCACAUGUCUUCCUUUUGGUGAUGCAGAUUGGCAGAUUCACACCAGAGGAGAAGGAGACAUUAGAGCUGAUCAAGAAAUUCUUUGGAAAAGAUUCUGAGAAGUUCACCAUCUUUCUCUUCACAGGAGGAGAUACACUGGAACAUGAAGAGCAGUCCAUUGAAGAGUACAUUGAAAAGGGAUGUGAUGAUUAUUUUAAGAAUCUGAUCUCAAACUGUGGAGGAAGAUACCAUGUGUUCAAUAACUAUGAUAAAGAAAGCCAAACACAAAUCAGUGAGCUGAUAACAAAGAUUGACACCAUGGUGAAAGAAAAUGGAGGCAGCUGCUUCACCAAUGAGAUGCUGCAGGAGGCUGAAGCAGCGAUACAGAAACAACAGGAGACGAUCCUGAAAGAGAACGAAGAAGCGAUGAAGAGAGAAAUGCAGGAGCUUGAAAGAAAACAUGAAGAAGAAAUAAAGACAGAAACUGUAAAUGACACAGAAUUAACAGAAAAACAACUUCGUGAAAUGAAGGGGAAGAUUAAAAAAGAUGAUCCACAGAGAAAGAAAGAAAAUGAAAUGAGAGAAGAAGAGGAGAGGAAAAAGAAAGAGGAGGAAAAACAUCAACAAAAGAAAUGGGAACAAGAACGGGAAGCUUUGAAGGAACGAAUCCGGUCAUCAACGAACAGGCCGGCAACUGAUCAGAAACUGGAACAAAUUAGAAAAGAAAUGGAAGAAAAACGCGAAUCCUGGGAGAGGGAAAGAAAGGAGUGGUGGGAAAAACGACACGAAGAAAAUGAACAGAGACGUCAAGAGGAGGAAAGGAGACAUAAAAAGCUUCAAGAAGAGUAUAAACAGGAGAGGAGAAAAUAUAAAAUGAGGAAAAAACUAUACAGAAAAGAGAAAAAAGAAUUAGAGGUAAAGUACAAGAGAGAGAUGGAAGACAUUAAGAGGAAAUAUGAAGAGGAAGCGAGAAGGAAAGCUGAAGAAUUCAGUGAAUUCAUAAAGAAAUACAGCGGAGCUGUUCCUUUACAACCAGCAGCUGAAGACUUUCCUAAAACCUGCGCGAUCCUGUAA